AUGAGUGUCAAGCAAAGCCACAGGUCCUCUUUAUCUGGAUCUCUGAGGGGAUUAGGAGGUGGAAGUUCUGGUGCUACCCAUGUUUCAACUGUACAUUUAAGUGGAUCCUACCGAUCACCCAGUGUCUAUAGUGGUGUAGUAGGGAGAAGCUCAGCUGGAAGUAUUAGCUCAGGUUUAGGUUAUGGUGGUGGCAGUGCGGGAGGCUUUAGCUCUGGAUUUGGAGAAGGUAGUGCUGAAGGCUAUGGAUCCUGGUUUGGUAUUGGUGGUGUCUACAGCAACGGGAAAGUAACUAUGCAGGGACUGAAUGAUCGCUUGGCAUCCUACCUAGACAAAGUAAACUCUUUGGAACAGGAAAAUACUCAACUUGAGAAGAAGAUUAGAGAGUGGUAUGACAAACAGGUCCCAUACGCAUCCCCUGAUUUUCAUCGCAGCUUUACUAUUAUUGAGGAACUUCAAAAUAAGAUCCUUCAAGUAACCACCAAUAACACUAAAAUCUUGCUUCAGUUUGAUAAUGCUCAGUUGGCUGCAGAAGACUUCAGGACCAAGCUUGAAAACGAAAAAGCUCUCUGCACAAGUGUAGAGGCUGAUAUAAAUGGAUUACGUCAUGCCCAUGAUGAUCUUUUGCUUACUAACAAAGAUCUAGAAAUGCAACUCCAAACACUGACUGAAGAGUUGAAUGCCUUAAAGAAGAACCAUGUUGAGGACGUGAGCUCCCUGCGUACUCAGCUGGGUGCAAGAGUCGAUGUACAUCUGAAUGCUCCUCCUGCCGUGGACCUGAACAAUGUCCUAUCUAAAAUGAGGGAACAAUAUGAGACUAUAGUGGCCAGGAACGUAAAGGAGGCCGAGAAGUGGUACCUGGACAAGAGUGAAGAGGUGAACCAACAGAUGACAAGCAGCGCCCAACAACUUAAAAUACAGAACACGGAAAUUAUUGAACUCAGGCACACAUGCCAGACCUUGGAAAUAGACCUGCAAACUCAGAACAACAUGAGAGAAGCCUUGGAGAACACAUUGGCUGAGACCGAAGCUCGUUAUGGCUCCCAACUAUGCCAGCUUCAAGAAAUGAUAUCCAAUGUUGAGCUGCAGCUGACACAACUGAGGGCUGAUCAGGAAAGACAAAACUUCGAACACAGAACUCUCAUGGAUGUAAAGAUGCAUCUGGAGAAUGAAAUAACAACUUACAGACAACUGAUCGGUGGAGAAAGCAUUAAUACGGGCACGUGGUACAAAAACAUCAGAGAAAUGAGCUCCAGUGGUUCAGGUGGCUCAGGCAACGUGGGUGGCAUGAGCAGCUCAGGAGGCUCCGGAGGAAUAAGUGGUAGUGGAAAAACAAGAACCAUUGUGGAAGACAUAUAA